CAUUGUGAAAAAUUUUUAAUUUCGGACAAAACAAAACAAAAACAAAAUCCUAUUCAAGAGACGUGUGUUGCUUGGCCAAAAUGUUACUAUUCCUACGAUCCCGAGUGGAGUACACAGCGGAACAGCUUUUCAAAAUAAAACAGCUGCGACAACUAGUGGAAAAAUCGGAUGUACUUCAUGUGGGCACGGAUGAUAUAUUUCUAACGAAAUUCCUUCAUUACACACACUGGGAUACAAUAAAAGCCUAUCAAGCUAUACAUGCCUACUACGAUUUCAAGCACAAACAUCCCAACUGGGUGGCCCGGCAUCCUGUGGACUAUUAUCAAAAGUUAUUCUAUGCCACACAUGCGCGUUUCGUGAUGCCAAAUGUGGAUAAAAAUGGACGAGUUUUGGUCAUUUUUAAGACAGUCGAUGCUUUCCAGCAGUUUCCAGACUAUCUGCAGAGUCUGGUGGAGAUCGAUGAUUUGAUUUUCGAAUCGCUUUUAAUGCUACCGCGUGUCCAGGAGCAUGGUAUCACGGUUAUAUGUGAUCUACAGGGCACCACACGAAAUUUUCUGAGACAAUUUUCACCGUCAUUUAUGAAAAUAGUCAAUGAUAAAAAUGGUGUUAUACCCUUUACACAACGCAUAGUUCACAUUAUUCAACGCGGUUUUCUUAUGCAUGUGACCUCCACUCUAUUCAUGCCCUUUAUGAACAAAGAGUUCAAGGAGAAGAUCUUCACACACGAUGGCAAACAUCUUAGCAAAUUGCGGGAAAUGAUUGGUUAUGAGAGUCUGCCAGCUGAAUAUGGAGGACCUGCAACCAAUGUCCUUGACACAAAUUUGAUUUUUAAUUAUUUGAGUCAAAAUUCCAAAUAUCUUGAAAAAUUGCAGGAUUAUGAAAAACGGCCGGUAUAAGUUUUACUAAAUUAUAUUAAGCAAAAAAAAUAAAUUAAAAAAUGUCCAAAUUAAGAAAAAGAA